AUGGUGCAAGAUCACGACGAGACGGAGAAGAAAUCCUACGCCGAAGUUGCCGCUGUCGACGGCGAUGGAAAUGAUGCUGGAGAAAUCGUAAACGGAGGGACGACGAUGAAUGGUCGUCGCAAAACACAAGACCCCGUGGAGGCUAAGGUGGAGGAUGAUGAUUCGGAGAGUCUCUACUCCUUGAUUUGCCUCACGAUCGGUUCGAUCCUGUUCCCAGAUUCGAAAUCCGGCGAUGCCUCGUCUUCUUUGCUUCAACGGAUAAGAAACUCCGUCGCUGAAAAUGGCCCCAAGCUUCGAGACGCUUCGAGAAAAACUUCAAGCGAGAUUCUCCUCUGGACUCGUAGAGGCAGCCCGCUUCGUGCUCUGCUUGUCAUCAGUAUUGGAACAAUAGUUCUUCUUACAACAAUGGCUUUGGUUGUCUUCACGCUCUUCUUUGUAGCUGCGACGGUGAAUGCAAUCAUAGUCUCUCUUCUGAUUUCACUUGCUGUUGCUGGUGGCUGCUUGGCUCUCUUCUUUCUCUGCUUGACUGGUAUUUACAUCGGAGCCUUAUCCAUUGCUGCAUUCGUCAUCUCCACCGCUACAGUUUCAGCCGUCGUUUGUGUCCUAAUUGCUUCAGGUUGGAUUGGGUUUUUCUAUGUUGUGUGGUUGGGAACAAGAGGAAGCCUGCGCUUGGCGAAGCAAUCGGCGUCAGUGGUGGGAUCAGCCAUUUCAGGUAACACUUUCAGUCGUCAGCAACACCAAGACAAAGAGGUGAAGAUUGAAUCAUCCAACUGA